AUGAGUUCAUGUAUCCAGCUUGGUAGUUCCGACAGCCUGGCUGGAAGACCUCACAUGGUGACAGAUCUGGUUCACAGCGCACAGUUGAUCACCAGGUUGCUGACUCUUCUCUCAUCUCCUGCUUACAAAACUGACCUCAGUAAGGUGGCCCACAGCAUCCUGGCUGAGUACGUCCUCGGUGUCCAGCGGGGCUCUCUACACAUGGCCGUGAAGAAAGAACUGGUGCGUGGCCUCUACAAGGUGAUGAGCAUCUGUGACAAGUUCCGGCUGGCCGCUCUCAACGCUUCGCUGCCUGCAGGUGUCAAGGACAACUUCAAGGUCUUGCAUCAGGACUAUGAAAAAUAUCACCGUUACAGCGGCUUUGUUUGA